GUGGUACCUCAUAAGUUGUCCAAAUUAUCAGUCAUAUAUUAAAAUAAAAAAAUACAUAUAUUCACCCACAAAGUUACACACAUGUAACUCAUAAGUGAGCAGCAGGUAUAUAAAAUAGAACACCUUUGUUAUAGUGACUGUUGUACAUUUAUUCAUGAUUCAACUUGUUCAACUGUAAUGGAUAUAAAACUUUAAUGGCAAUAUACAGUUUACCCAUAACUAAGCAGAUAAAAGUAAUAAACUAAGUAAUGGUAGGGUGUGCCCACACAAACUGUAAAACACAAAGUAGUGAUCAACCAAUCCUAACUAAACAACAGAUAAGAAUAUGAUAUUUACCAAGUUGACAGCAGUUUCAAGAAAUGUCAUUAUAAUAAAUUUUAUCUGUUGUCAAGACUCAAUAAUACAAAGAAACCUUCUCAAAAUUUACUGAAGUCAAUAAACAUGAUGGAGAUUUUUUUGAAGUUCUGACUAAUGACCUGUUGAAAUAUUUGUCUUAGGGGAACUUUAAGGCUGGUAUGCACGCACAUCGAAAGUUCUGACUUGACAAUUUCCUAGAACAGCAAUAACCAUUUACACAACAUAAAUCAAACCCUGAGACAGGUAAUAGAAACUGAGCCUAUAUUUCUAAAAUUAUCUGUAAAUAAAUAUUUAGUCAUGGCCAUGCAACAUUAUAUAAGUUGCAAAGUUGGACUAAUUUCCACACACAUUAAGUGAAAUAGUUGGAAUUGGAAUACAGUAUGACGCUCUAUAUUGCUCUGAUUCUUUGUGGCUGCCUUUGCUUCAGUGCAGAGUCACAGAAAAUUCUAUUCGACAUGUCAGUGGAGCACUAUAUCGAGAAUAAUGCUCUUGUGCACUAUGAUGCACGCUAUGACACCAACCUUGAUUAUGAAAAUGGAAAAAGUGUUGAGGAAUUGCUGGAUCAAGGGUUAUCACAAACUCAUGCUUAUCAGAAGAGUGAAGCAAAUCAACCUUAUGUUUCUAGCAAGCGACAGAAUGGAAGAAGAUACCUUUUCUUUGAUGGAAAUGAUCGAAUGGUGGCCAAUUACAAUCUCAAUUCAGAGUCUGGUGUAAAUGACAGACUUACUGUCACCAUUGUGUACAGAAUAAACGACAAUAAUGCUAAUAAUGGUUGGGUGAGAAAUGGUUUGUUUGGUCAUGACAAUGGUGAUUUUGACAAAUUCAUCACCUUUCUACCCGACGGUUCCCUUGUUAUUUCACGCACCAAAAACAGUGAAAAAUACAUAUCAAUCAAAAACUAUCCUAGUGGUGUAAACCCUGCUGCCAAUGUUGUUUGGAAUGUCCUUACUGUUCACUGGGAUGCAGAUGGUGGUGAAAAUGCAAGUGGUGCCUGGUGUAACGGAAAAUUACUCAGAAGGUUCACAGCUAGCCCAACUCCAAACGGAUCAAACAAGUUCGUCAUUGGUGAUCUUAACCCAGACGGUGCAGCUCCUUUCAUUGGAGCAAUUGGCGAAUUUGUCAUGUUCAAACAAAAAAGUAUUACGGAUGGAUCGGUUAAUCAACAACACCAAUAUUUCAAGAAAAAAUGGUCCAUCUAAUUUCCAAUUGUAACUUUAUAAGCGUAAUUGCGUGAUGCAGUAAUUAACUAAAUAUAUAUAUAUUUUUGAUUCUUAACCCCCUAUUGGAUGUGUAUUUUAAUUAGUGUGCAAAAAAUAAAAGCUUUACAAAUGUA